GGUUGGCGGAGGCGAAGAGCGGAGUAAAACCGCCGAGCGGAGGGCGCGGCGGAAGAGUCGGUCGGCUCUCUGCUGCCCCUUCGCCGUGCCGAGUCCCCGGGGCCGCGUGAAGCAGGGGCAGGUCGGCGAUGGCGUCCAUGGCGGCGGCGAUCGCAGCUUCCCGUACGGCGGUCCUGAACGGGAACCGGCCUCUGGACGAGCGGGAACGUAAGCGCUUCAGCUACUUCUCUUCGCUGAACCCCAUGGCUCGCAAAAUCAUGGCGGAGAAGGAGCGCAUCCGCGAACGCUACGGGCCAGACUGGGAGCGGCUGCCGCCCCGCCAGCAAGACGAGAUUAUUGACAAAAGCCUGGUGCAGCCCAACAUCCAGGCCCGGUACGCGGCUCACCGUGGGGCAGCCCGAGACAACCCGCCUCCGGUCUGCUACCCGAAUCUGCGCCUCAAUACCGGCCAGAAGGUAGUGCGCUUCGGAGACGAGGAUAUCACCUGGCAAGAUGAGCACUCUGCUCCUUUUUCUUGGGAAACUAAGAGUCAAAUGGAAUUCAGCAUUGCUUCUCUGCUGAUCCAAGAACCGGGUGCUACAGCACCUCAGCACGAACAGAAACAGCCUAGCAAAACCGCACCUGGCCCACCAGCCCCCAAACCUUCCCAGGCUGGUAAACCGCAAAACUCAGAUGGGGUUAUACCGGCCAAAAAAGAGGAGGAGUCCUCGUUUUGGAAGAUCAAUGCUGAGCGCUCCAAGUACGAAGGGGAACAGUCUGAGUUCCAUUCGCUAACCCCAAGCCAAAUUAAAUCCAUGGAAAAAGGAGAGAAAACCCUCCAGCCUUAUUAUAGGCAAGAAUCUGGUCCAAAAGAAGCAAGUAAAGCAGAGAAGCCUAGUGCUCCUAAGCCUGAAAAAGCGAUCGCCCCAGUUGUUCCCACAACACCCGUAGAAUGGGAAAAGCCCCCAUCCAACCAACCUGCAGUUAGUGCCUUUGAUGCUCCUUCUGACCCUGCAGAGAAAUUGUCAUCUGCUGCAACCCAAAAUGAAGAUGCUCAAAACAGUUUUGUUCCAGAUUUACAAGGAUUUGGCCAGAGUAAUGCAAAUAAUGUUAUCCUGAAGACGGGAUUUGAUUUUCUGGACAAUUGGUAGACAAAAACAAUCCGUCCGUUGAUUUUUGGAGAAAGAAAAAGAGCAUCUCUCUCUCUCUCCGUUUUUUGUCUUUUGGUUUCUGUUACUGGUUUUUCUGUGUGUUUUUUAAACUUUUUUCCCAGUUCUUUUUUAAUGUUGCCCUUUGUACUAAUACUUUUUUGUAGAAACCUGAUGAGUAUUUGUAUUUUGAAGUGAUCCAGUGUUAGAAGGGUGGGCGGGUUUUUUGGUCUUUUAUUAAUUGCCAUUCUGCACAUCAUAUUUGGUGAUGAACAAGGGAUACAUUGCCUAAUAUUUGUAUGUAUGGUAAAGACAAAGUGUGCAAUCUAAUUAGAAAAUGAAGCCAUCUGAUAGAAUACCCAUAUUUAUUUUACACAUGAAUGCCAACAGCUAAUAGGCUACCAUCUGUAUUAUUAAAUACAUUCGUUACAAGAAGAUAACUUUAUAUCAAGCACAGAUAGAUUUUAAUAUUAUCUGUCAGAGCCUUGGCCGGUAUGUUUGAGGUUCUGAAAUUAAUGGCCCAAAACAGUUUGUGAACACCAUAUGGGCUUUUCCUAAUAGAAAAGCCUAAUGGAAGCACAGAGUCCAAACACCAAAAUUCAGCACUUCUCUUUCAAAUAUAUUGUACAGGAUAUAAAUCUGCAGACAUUUACGUGUUUAUUUUUACAUUAGCCUAUGUCACUUGACUUGGGUUGAAGGGGGAAAAAAAUCAAGUAGCUUUAGCUAAUAAGGUAUGUUUUUGUUUAUUUUCUUUCUGUGAAACGAGGCUUAAUUGGUACACAAAAUAGGGUCAUUUGUUACAAAUAAAACAUUUAAUGAAAUGUAUUUAAUAUGUUUUAUUAUAAAACAUAAAAUGAAGAAAGAGACUAGCUUAGAGAAAUGAUCAAAUAUGUGGAUAGAGCUGCCUUUUUUUACUGAUUAAAAAACCAUCUGGUAAAGGGAUCUUUAGAAGAAACAUAACAUGAAAAAUAACUAAUUUGUUUGAUCUCUUUUGGCCUAGCAGCACUGAACCACAUUUUGAAAUGUAGCUCAUUUCCCUUACCCUCACUCCUGGUGUUACAUUUCUUCAACAUGUUUACUGCAAGGCUUUCUUUAAAAACAAAACAUUGUAUUAAAAAAAAAUAUUUCAUGAGAUUUCUGAUUCCUGGUACUGCUUCCCAUAGUGAGAAUAGGACCUGAAUGUAUCACAUACAUUCUGUUGCAUUAGAUUUUCUGUUAUUUUAAUAUUACACAGAAACUAUUUUACGUGGAGGAACAACUUAAAGACGACAUCCCUCACCUGCACCUUGGAGUGGUCCAGCAUACCACUAGAGACCAGCCUAGUCCAGUAUCUGCAACAUCCAGAAAUAGCUAAUGCAACUGACAUUGCAUUUCUGUAACUUUAAACAGUAUUUGUCUCCCCAUCACCUUCAAGCCUUAAUUCCCCUUUCUGCACAAAUUGUAAUUUCUUCAAUCAAAUACCAAAGGUUAUUGAAUUUUUGCUUUUGACCUUGAGAAUUGGAUUUCCUGGGAGAUGACCCAAUAACAGAGAUACACUGUACACAUGUUCCUCUGAUGCUAUGCGGAAUUUUUACAAAGCCUGUUUGGGCAUUGUAUCUGUUGUCAGGCUGGCUAAUUCUAGCCUUCUUCCAUACUAGCCACCAGAUAAGUAGUUCCACCUUCAGAGUUGUCCAUUGUCCAUACCUGUGAGUGGUGUGAACUGAAAAGUCACUUCUCUACAAAUCGUGUGUUGUGUUUUUUUUCAGAUUACUUCCUGUUCCUUCUGCUGCUUAUAUAUACUCAUUAACAAUGUUUAUGACAAAAGUUAAGAGGUUUGUUCUGAAUCUUGCCCUGAAAGAUAUCAUGGAAAAUAAGACUGGAUAGCCUUUGAAUUCAGUUCCAAAAUUCAUGCUUUGUUGCAGUGUGUGGAGGCCAGAAUAUAUAACACUGAUAUGCAGCUGUCCCUCAUAGACUGGAGCACCAUUUUGGAAUCUGAAACAAAGCAUUGCAUAACUCUAGAAAAUAAUAAAAUGGAAUUAAUUGUAGAGAACACUAAAGAAAAUGCUUUUGGGGGGUGGGGUUAUACGUAUGCAAUCCCACACACAUACACUGGGAUAUUUGUGCUGAAGAUGGGAGUGGGAAACAGCAGAAGGCUGUCUUAUCUUCAGAUACUUGACUUAGUCUUAAAAUAUUUGGAUUAAUUGGUUGUUCUUAGUAACUAACACCACAUUUCCUACUGUGGAGAUGCUGCUUUGGGUUUCCUGGUGCACACCUACAUGGCAGCACAAUUAUUAGUGUCAUAUAAGAGUCCAUUGAAUUGGGGUAGCAGAUGUAGAAAACUGACAUUUUUGGAAUGGUUUAACUUUUGCUACUGAGCAAAAAAGAGAAGAUUUUCAUUAAUGAAAAUAAGUGCCUGACACUUGACGGCAUCUAUUUCAAUGUAUUUAAAGAUACCAUACUUUAAAAAAGAGAGGUAGUUUUUAUUUAAGAAAAGAGUACUUGUUUGAUACUUUAAAAAGAAGCAAGUCUUUAAAAAGGAAUUGGCGUAAAGUCCUUCAAGCCAAAGACAUUUCUGCAGUGUAUUUUUGGAUUAUAAAAAGGGAGCUUUUUCCAAUAUUGUCAAUCGGAGCUCAUCAGUAUAAAGCGCUUUUCCAACUCAGGGUCUCUUGUUCAUGUUAACAAAUUCAAGAAUUAAAUAAAUGCAGUUUGGUUUGACUAGAGCUUUCCGUUUAUAUGUCAGUGGAUGGGGAUUAAUAUCCUGAGGUCAUUGAAGCAACAUUUUUAGUUUGCUGUUCUUAGGCAAUGAAAUAGGGUAAACUGGGCCUAAUCCUCCUCCUCAUGUAUCUAUCUCCAAUCCUGUUUAUAUUGCCUUUCUCUUCAAUAUAGUUUCAUGGAUAAACCUGAUGUUUCUCCCUUUCGUAGAUGUUUUUAUUGAGGUUUUAUUCACAAUUGUAUAUGGCUACAAUUCAUAUCUGAUUCUUAAUUAAAAUCACCUGACAUGGACCACU